AUGUCGCCCUCUCAAACCCUCGAUCCCACCACCACCACCGCCCUCCCCGAAUCCCGCGUCCUCAUCAUCGGCACCGGCGGCACAAUAUGCAUGCAGGAAGGCCCCGACGGCCUCGCCCCCAGCGAAGGCUUCCUCGACAGUGCCAUGGCCCCCCGCCCAACCUUUAACGACAUGUCCGGCCUAGACGUAAAGCUUCAGGCCUACAAAAACGGGCACCUCACCUCCCUCGACUCCCUCCGCACCCCUCCCACCGCCAACCACCGCCACAUCCGGUACUCCAUCCUCGAAUUCACCCCCCUCCUCGACAGCUCGUCCAUCUCCGCCACCGACUGGGCGAGCAUGGCCCUCUGCGUCAAGCAAAACUACCACCUGUUCGACGGCUUCGUCAUCCUCCACGGCACAGACUCGCUCGCCUACACCGCCUCCGCGCUCUCCUUCAUGAUGAGCAACCUCGGCAAGCCCGUCAUCCUGACCGGCUCGCAGGCCCCCAUCUUUGCGCUGCAGUCCGACGCCGUGGACAACCUGCUCGGCAGCCUCAUCAUCGCGGGGACGUACGUCAUCCCAGAGGUCGGGCUCUUCUUCCACCACAAGCUGUACCGGGGGAACCGCACCACAAAGGUAUCCUCAGCUGCGUUUGAGGCCUUCGCCUCGCCCAACUACGAGCCGCUCGCCAAGGUCAACGGCCUGGGCAUCACCGUCAACUGGCCACUCGUCCUUCGUCCAACCAGUAUCGCGGAGUUCCAGGUCCAGAAACACCUCGACACCACGCACGUGGCCUGCGUCCGCGUCUUUCCCGGCAUCAAGCCCGAGAUGAUCGACGCAGUCCUCCACCUCCCUGACCUUCGGGGCCUCAUCCUCGAAACCUUUGGCAUGGGCAACGUCCCCGGCGGUUCGGACGGUCGUCUCACCCACGUCAUACAGUCCGCGGUCCAGCGCGGCGUCAUCGUUGUCAACGUCUCGCAGUGCGUCUCCGGCUUCGUCUCCCCUGUCUACGCACCAGGCACGCAACUCGGCCGUGUAGGCGUCAUCUUUGGCCUCGAUCUCACCGCCGAAGCCGCCCUCACCAAACUCUCCUACCUCCUCGCCCUGCCGGAUCUCACAAGCAAAGACAUAACAGAGCGCUUCUCCCGCUCUCUGCGCGGCGAAAUGACGGAAAUCGCACACCCGACCUUUUCUCACCCCUCUGCACCUCUAGAAGACACGGCUUCUCGACUGACGCUCCUGGAAUCUGCCUUCACAGCCCUGGGUUACGCCAUACAAAACGACGAACUAGGCGUCGUUAAGCAGUUACUGCAAGGGGACGGAAGCCAACUGCUCAAGACGGCUGAUUAUGCUGGAAACACGGCCUGUCACUUGGCAGCUGUAAAUGGCAACACGGACAUUAUGCUCGAGCUCCUCAAACAAGGGGCUAGUGUUCAUGAGAGAAAUAGAGCCGACAAUUCGCCCUUGUUCUUGGCCACGUUGUCUGGAAAUGAGGAGUGCGCUGAGCUCCUGAGGUCUGCGGGGGCACAUUUGAGCAUGGAGGAGAUUGAGAGGGGGCCCUUGGCAAAGUACAGACAGGAGAAUCGGUAG